AUGGCACGCUUCUUUGAAUCGAUAUGGACUGGGUGGAAGGGAAGCAGCAAAUCCGCAUGGGAAAGCGACGAGGCAGAGGACACGGCCUUUUUGGGAAGGGGAACCCAACACAAAAGUUCAGGUUAUGGCCCUUCACUUGCAAUCCAUGUCAGAUACAGCUGGCCGUGGAUUAUAUCGACCGUGAUUUUUGCAUGCAGCACCGCGAUACUGGUUACCGGCGGAUCGGCCGGACAAGAGAGGCUAUGGCGAUCCACUGACCUCGAAGCGGUGAAGUCGUUGGUCAGUGAGCGCGAGAUUCGUUUCGAAGGCGCCCUGGCAUACAACGACAGCGGCCAUCUGGUAAGGGAGCCCAGUCCGAGAGGAGAUGAAUGGAUCGGUCCUCCUACGCCGCAGAUGGAUGCGUUAUGGGAUCGGGUGGAAGCAGGCUCGAUCAUUCUACUCGACGGCACGGAAGCAGACAUUGUCCGCGAGAAAACCACUCUCUUUGAUGGAUAUUGGGUGACUGGAUUGGAUGUGAUCCAUCAGUUGCACUGUUUGAACAAAGUUCGAAAAGCACUAUAUCCAGAGUACUACAAACCGGAUCAGUCGGCUGGGACCGAGACACUCCAUGUUGAACACUGCUUUGAUUAUAUCCGUCAAGCUCUCAUGUGCCAUGCCGAUAUAACCCCCGUCACGCAUACCUGGUAUGCUACGGCGCAGACAUUCGGUCCGGACUUCGGAACCAGGCAUAUGUGUCGGGACUUCGAUGCACUCCUGCAGUGGUCUCUAGCGAGGACGACAGAUGCAGUUAAGGGCAAAGGGACCGGUGGGGAGACAGCCAUGGAUCCUCAGUCCGUGAUACCGGGGAGUUUGCAAGAAACAGGAGGGAUGAUCCAUGCCGGGCAUGGAGAUCAUGGUGCCCACUGA